CGCCCGCUUCCGCCGGAAGUCAAGGUUGGGGGAAGUUGUUGCAGGCGGCACCGGAGGGCGCGGUCACGGGACGGAGCACCGGCGGGCGGCGAUGGCGGCGACGGCGGCGCUGACUCAGGGGCUGGAGCGGGUCCCCGACCAGACCGGCUACCUGGUCAUCUGCGACGGGGCGGUGCUGGCGUCUUCGGGUGACCUGGAGAACGACGAGCGGACAGCCGGGGUGAUCUCGGAGCUGGUGAACACGGCCUGCGCUUUCCGCCUGCCCCGCUGCCCCGAGGUGCCCUUCCGGCGUAUCUCUGUGGUGUUUGGGGAGCACUCCUUCCUUGUGACCAUCUCUGGCCAGAAGCUGUUUGUGGUGAAGAGGCAGAACAGUGUCCGGGAGCCUGUGAUCGUCUGAACUCGACCUGCCCGCUUCUGCUGUUACUGUGACUUUGGGAGUGGGGGACUCAAGGAGAGUGGGGAUGCAGGAACAAAACACCUUUUUUGUAUGUGUGUGGGGCUCACCCCUGUGUUGAUACUUGGUCACGAGAGGGUAGGUGGCUCCUUGGAUGCGUUGUACACACUGCUUAAAGGCUUUGUGCCACUGGGGGUUUGCUCCAUAUAGCUGUGGGUGCGAUGGCGGUAUCAUGUGAAAUAAAGUUCUUUGAAAAGAGA